UAUCUGUGAAUGUGCUGCUUCUAAGCAAGGAAUCAUAUGAUACAUUCACUCUCCUCUCAACAAAAUAGCUAUCGCGCUACUAUUACGCCAAGACAAAAAAGGAAUCUGUUCGAAGAUCUUAAAAGAAUAUGUAUCUUAUACUUGUUUUACAAGUUUAUUUAGAUUCAAACCGUAAAUGAAUCAAACAACAAUGGUGGCGAAUAACGAAACGAAUUCCCGUAUGAUGUCUGUAAGCAAGACCACACACACUAAAGCGAUAUUGUACGGAGGAUGCGCAGUAACAGGCAUCAUCAUGCUCUCCCUGGUGGCAGCGCUGCUUUGCUUCCCUGCCCUAAAGCGAGACAUUCGCCACCUCGUCACAGCAUUCCUUGUGUCCUUAGGCGCGGGAUGUCUGGCAGGUGACGCACUGUUUCACCUCAUACCGCACGCGAUGAGUCCCAGGAUUGCUGAAGAUUACCUGGCCCGUGGCAAUAAUGUGGACCCGCACGAGGAUGCUUUAGUCAUGUGGCGGUCUGUGGUGAUCGCUGUCAGUAUAUACGUGUUCUAUCUUAUGCACGUGGCUAUGCACUCGAUGGGGGGAGGUCACUCUCAUUCCCAUAUAGACGGCGCGACAGAUCAAAACUCCCAUACAGAUAUAAGCCCGAAGAAUUCCCCAAUUAACGGAGAUAAAUCCCAUCUUCCCCACAUGGAGAUCAGCCCGUUCAAAUCCCCCGUAUCAACCGAAAAACCGACUCCGCCGUUGAAAGGUGGCAACACUCUAGUGGUAAUGGUUAUAAUGGGAGACUUUAUUCAUUCUCUGAACGAUGGUAUGGCUAUUGGGGGAGCGUUCUCGAGGGCUCCGUCAGACGGCCUUAGCACGUCUCUUGCGGUGUUCUGUCACGAGAUACCGCACGUUGUAGGUGACUUCGCCAUUCUCGUGUCAACCGGAUUAACCUCCAGAAGAAGCUUGUUCCUCCAAGCAUUCGCACUCGCCCCAAUGUACGCGGGCCUGAUUGUCGGAGUGCUCCUGGGCACGGCUCUCAAUCUGACAGACUGGAUAUUUGCCGUAUCUGGUGGCAUGUUCCUCUUUGUCUCUCUGGCAGAAACGAUGCCGGAGCUGUUUGCAAGCGCUGCCCACCAACGCGAGGAGAGCCGUGGGAAAGUGCUUCUUGCCCAGAAUGCGGGAUUACUCGCGGGAUUCGGGACUAUGCUAACGCUAGCAGCAUUCGAAGACACCAUCAAGCAAUAUUUGAAUUGAUGUCGAAUUGCUGACAAGUUUACAGUUUGCAAACACCGAAAGUUUUGGAGAUGGACUGCGGCUGGUGAAAUACGGUAAAAUAUUUGAGCUUUGGAAAGCCCUGUGAAAAUACACCAAGAAAUAAAUAGCAAGAUACAUAUUUAUCGUUAUAAAGAUUAAAAUGAUAAAAUGACAAAUAAUACUUUUGUAAAAAAAGACACAUGUUUUUUACUACAUUGUUUGCUAACAAAAAGCAUUCACUGAUGCCGAGUUGUCAGCAGUGGCGGACUCGUCUGGAGCCUGGGGGUUAGGGGGAGGAGACAUAAAGCACAUAACGUUAAAAAUAAAAUAAGUUCAUUUAUUUUA